AUGCAUUUACUGCACGCUGGUGCUGUGAGGGAGCCGGGGCGCAGAAAUCAACCCAUUGUUAUCGAGGAAAAUGAAGAAGAUGAACACGAGGCAGCUCAACAGGGUGCCAUUCAUGUUAAUACUGAGAAUCUAUCUUAUGAGGAAUUGCUGGCACUUGAAGAGCAUAUGGGAGAUGCAAGCACCAGAUUGAAGAAAAAAGUUAUUUCUACACUUCUGAAGCAGCACAAGUAUCAUCAAUCGAUCAACAUGAACGAUAGCAAUGACUCCUGCUGUGUAUGCUUGGAUACUUUUGGCGUCGGGGACAAUCUUGGACAACUUGACUGUGGCCAUGAAUUCCAUUAUGAUUGCAUCAGAAAGUGGCUGAGGGGCAAGAAUUGUUGUCCUAUUUGCAAAAGGACUGUUUUGACACCAUGAGAUAGUAGCUCAUGGUUCUCGUUGAUUGGCUUGGUGGACAAGAUGGGGGAGUAGAAUUAUCCAAUUUUUAUUUAGUUUGGUGUCUUUUGUUGUUUUUCAGUAUUAGUCAAGUUGUAGCUGGGGAUAUCUCAGUUCUAGCUUGAACAAUGGUGUUUUUGACUUUUCCAAUUUGGUGUUUUUGUGGAUUUUCAGUAUUAAGUUGGUACUAGCUGAGAACUUUGAGAUGCCAGUUUUAGCUAAACUAUAACUAAUAUUAAAUGCUUAUUGGAUUUUAGUUGUUUUAAUUUCCUUGCCAGUCUUUUUGCAUUAAAGAAUGUGUGCUUGAAUUGAAUGAAUAUGUGAAUAUGAUGUUUAACUUUAAUUUAUACCUAUACAUGCAUGCAAAUGAGACUAAUAGAAAUGAUUAUACAUACAAGUAAACUAUAUAGAUUUUCUUGUUUUGUCCCUUAAACCUAUUCGACCAACUCCUACUCUCUCUUGCUCUACUACUCCAUCCCUUCCUGCAAAUCUUAUGCAAUGACCAUGCAUGUAAAUUAAACUUAAAGAAUAGAUUGUGAGGAUUCUGGUUUGGAAUCAAGUUAUAUACACUGCAAUCAUAAAUAUUUUUUACACUACCAAUAUAUUUUAUAUUUCAAUCAAAUUAUAGCAGGUUAUUAUUCUAUCUUCCAGGGUAGCAUAUAUAUAUCUGUUAAAGAACUUAGCUCAAAAUAAUAAUAUGAAAUAAGCAAAUAGACAAGAAUGUAGAGAGAAAGAGCGGAGAGAUUCUUAUUUCUUCAAGUGUUUUCCAAGUGUGUAUAAUGUGAUGCCCAAAACCUCUAUUUAUGGGAUGGCAUUGAGGUAAUACAAAGGGAUGUCAUGAACAUGAUAUUAACUAUUGAGAAUAUGGGGGAAGAUCAUGAGGAGGUUAUGGAGGUGUGGGAGUUACAACUAUAAUGGUGAGAAGUAGUGGGGAUUAUCCACAUAAUGGAGAAGAGUAGUGUCACGACCCAAGUUCGCCCUCCGUGAACUGUCGUGAUGACACCUAGUCUC